AUGGAGAUGGGGACUUACAACGGGGGUCAAAAGACUUCACGCGACAUCGACAAGACCGAGAGCCAUGUUUCUUUACCCGAGGCGGUGCCAUCAUCGCCCAAAUCUACAUUCUUGUACGUCCAUCUGGCCAGUAUCCUGGAAUGGAAGAAACAGGGCCCUCCCCUCCCCCCCCCUCCUCCACUGACACCCCGUUUUAAUAGUCUCCUGAAUCCCACGUUCGGCUGGGGACGGCUGAUGCUGUCGGAGACGAGCAUGCGCUCCAUACUGCGACAUGUCCACGCGUUUCCCACCUUCCUGAAGCAUUUGACCGCGUUCGGCGAGAAGGGAUUUGCCCAAGACGAAGGCUUCGCCGCAUAUGACAUCCAGGAGCACUUCAACGCAUUUGACAAACGUCAGGGCCUAGAAACUUGCUUUCUGUGGAAGUAUAUACAACAUGAUGACGGAACUGCCCAAUACCCAUGGACCAUUCGUCAGGCCCUCGUCUAUCAGAACUUCUCGUGCAUAACGCAGACGAGCACAAAUAUACUCAUCAGGGCUCCUCUCCAGGUGACGAAUCGGCUGAAGCACAAUUUCAACACCUCUGCAGAGUCUCGAGCUUCAACAGUGGCAGAGUGGCUGGGAGUGCAAAAGGUCUGCAUAUCGUGCGGGACAGGGGAAUGGCGGCAGGCUUUGAACUAUUAUGACGAGCAGAUAACCAAGCUGUUCGACGAGCUGGUUAUGUUUUCGAUCGAGACCGAGACGGCCGGCGAUUCCAAAAAGGUUCAACAAUGCAUAAGUUCCAUGAAGGAACUCACACACCUCGUAGACCAGCUGUUGAGAAUAUCGCACGUGCUGGGCCUGAACUCCAGGAUCAUACACUCCAUGAUGGACGCCGCGCGCAGGUAUGAGAGUGCAGAACGUCGCGAUGCGUUUCUUCUCUUGGCCGAAACCGUGCAGCUUCAGUAUGACGUUCUCCGACAGUUGACAGAGUCAUUGUUGGCGCGUGGAAACAACUUGUCACGCCAGGUUGGUGGACGUUCCCAGUCGCAUCUGCUUUGGAUCUACCGCUGA